AUGAGCAGUCUCCCUGUCCUGGCCUUUCUGCUCCUGCUUGCACACUGCACGUCUCCAGCUCAGGGGCAGCCUUUACCCAUCGACUUCCAAACACUGCUCAAGGAAAUAAAGGACCUCCUCAACCAGCCAGCUGUGCUUCCCGAAGGCGACUUGGACUUCGAUGACAAAUUCAUCCUGUUGAAUAAAACCUUUCUGAAGGCAAACCUGGAGGAAUUCCUGAAUGCUGCCAAGAACUUUAAGGACAGGGCAGAGAAAAUCAAGAAAAUUCUUGUGGCAUUCCGGCCAGUCAUGCCCACCUCCACUUCCACGGAAGACCCAAUCUCUAUCAACACGAAUGACUGGGACGAUUUCAGGAGGAAGUUAAAGAAAUUUGUGGAUUCCCUUGAGAAGUUUAUCAAUGCCAAAAAUGUCAGUUCGACACCCAGCCCCAUCUCCGUGCCUUUCUAA